AUGCGCGCCUCCGUUAUGGCCAAUAUUCAAAAAGCCGCGUUCUCGAGCAGUGCUCGCCAGCUCAAGCAUAUUAACAGCGUAACUGUCAUUGGUGCUGGUCUCAUGGGUUCGGGCAUUGUUCAAGUUGCCGCUCAAUCCAACUAUAACGUCACUAUGGUUGACACCAGCGAUGCUGCUUUAAAGAAUGGCCAGUCAAUCAUUGCCAAGUCCAUCAAGCGUGUUGCCAAAAAGAAGUUUGGCGAAGAAAAUACUAGCGAGCAGCAAGCUUUCAUCGACAAGGCUAUGUCCAAUAUCACUGUAUCUACGGAUGCGCCAACAGCUGUCAGCGCGACCGAUCUUGUUGUCGAAGCCAUUGUCGAGAACAUUGACACCAAGCAAGCCUUGUUCAAGGCCCUCGAUCAAGCCGCGCCCAGUGAUACCAUCUUUGCUUCAAACACUUCCUCGCUGCCUGUCACCUUGAUUGCUGAAACCACUUCUGCUGAUCGCCAGAGUCGAUUCGCCGGUCUACAUUUCUUCAAUCCUGUUCCUGCCAUGAAGUUGGUUGAGAUCGUGCGCACAGACGUUCUCAAAGACGAAGUCUACGAGUCUCUGGUCACCUUUUCGAGAAAUACCGGUAAGACACCUGUAGAGUGCAAGGAUACACCCGGAUUUAUUGUGAACCGAUUGUUGGUACCUUAUAUGAUGGAAGCCUUCAGAAUCUUGGAUCGCGGUGACGCAAAAGCAAAGGAUAUUGACGUGGCUAUGAAAUUGGGCGCUGGCAUGCCAAUGGGUCCUCUUGAACUUGCUGACUUUGUUGGCUUAGAUACCAUGAAGUUUAUUAUUGAUGGUUGGGCAAAAGAAGGGAAGAUCGAAGAAGCUUUGGUCACUCCAUCCAAGACCCUAGACGAUCUCGUUGGCCAAGGCAAACUGGGUAGAAAGAGCGGUGCGGGUGUGUAUGAAUACAGCAAGUAA